AUGAUCAAAUUGAUUCCGUUUGGUAUCAUUUUUUGUAUCCUUCCAGAGUCGAUUCCAUUGUGGGUCAUCUUUUUGCCCGGAAUUGUGCCUAGCACUUGCUUGAAAGAGUCGCAACUGCUUAAACAAAGGGAGAAACUCGAUAAGGUUCGCCAGAAUAUGGCCAUGAAUGCUAUCAAGUCGGCAGAACAAGUGGAAGGAAUUUCCCCUGAAGAUUUCUUGUCCGUCCACAACUUUACCCGUAUUGCAAAACACUACAACCAUGAUUUCGAAUUGUCCCGCAUUGAUCGACGUCAUUUAUCUGCGUACUGUCGCUUCAUGGGCUUGCAAGGAUGGGGUACGCAAGGCAUCCUGAAGAAUCGCCUUGCCAAACAUAUGAAUUAUUUAUUGCAAGAUGACAAUCUUCUUGCUGCAGAAGGAGUUGACAGUCUUGGCUUGGCAGAAUUACAGGCUGCUGCGGAAGAACGUGGCAUCCGUUCCAUCGGUGCCACGGAAGAUCAUCUUCGCCGUGCGCUCAAGUAUUGGAUCACCCUGCAUCGCGCCGAACCACCUAUUUCUCCUGGUCUGCUUGUGUUCAGCCGUAUGUUCUUAUUGAACGCUAACUAUGAUAAAACCAAAAUAUAG